ACAGAAAAUUAUUUGAUUUUUAAAUUUCAAAUAGUACCAUAUAAAUUGAGACAGAAAAGAAAAUGUUUCUAUCACUUAUGUCCAAAAUGGGAAAUAUACAUUCAUGUGAGAUAUAAAAGGAGAAUUUAUUAUCAUCAAUUCAAUAAUAUUCCAAUUUUCAAAUUAAAAACAGAGAAGAUCAGUAAAAAAAAAACUUAUUUUUUAUCAGCUUCAUAUUACGUUACCCCCCAUCCCCAACCCCACCCCAAAUAAGGAUCUAUAAAUUUACUGAGUUUCCUCAUCAACUCAAACAAUAUUUCAACAAUCGAAAAUAUAAUAUGAAUAUGGCAAAAAUAAUCAAAAUCUUGUUCUUUUCUUUUCUUUUCCUUUCAAGUGCAUUUCUCACAAUAUCUCUAGAAGUUGGUACGUUAAAUUUAUUAAUUCAACAAAUUUUAGCUUUAGUAGUGUAAUUUUUAUUUUUUUAUACUGUCAGUGUACAUAAUUAUAAGUUUCUUAAUAAUGUCUGGAUAAUUGUAGAUCAAAUGAGUGAUGAGUUUAGUUACGAUCAAAACGCGAAGAAUGGGCCAUCUAAAUGGGGGAAAAUCUCGAGAUACUGCAAUGGGAAUUUACAGUCUCCAAUUGAUUUUGAUAACAAAGUGGUUGAAGUUGUAUCAAAUUUAGGAAUUCUUCAAAAAUACUACAAACCGUCCAAUGCCACUCUUGUGAAUAGAGGACAUAAUAUCAUGUUGAGAUGGGAUGGUGAUUCAGGAUACUUGAAGAUAGAUAAAACUCAAUAUCAACUCCAACAAAUUCAUUGGCACACACCUUCCGAACAUAGUAUCGAUGGGAAAAGGUAUGAUAUGGAGGCUCAUUUGGUACAUAUGAGCAGUGAUGGAAAAACUGCUGUCAUUGGAAUCCUCUACGAAAUUGGAUUAUUGCCUGAUGAUCUCCUAACCAUACUAGAAGGUGAUUUAAUAGCUGUUGCUGAUAAAAGAGGUGCAGAAAAAGGCAUGGGAAAAAUUGAUCCAAAUAUAAUAAUAUUGGAUGUUAAUAUAUAUUAUAGAUAUAUUGGCUCCCUAACUACUCCACCUUGCACUGAAGGUCUUGUUUGGACUAUUGAUGGAAAGGUUAAUAGUGUAACGGCAAGACAAAUAAAACUGCUCCAAGAUGCUGCUGUUAACGGAUUUGAAUACAAUGCCAGACCAGUUCAGCUAUUAAACAGACGUUCUAUCAAAUUUAAUAAACCUUAUUAAUUUCAUUGGUCGGCUUAUAUGAACUUUGACAAAGGUUCGCUAGGGAAAAAAAUGUAUUAGUUGCCUUGAAUUUGUGUUGCAAUUGUUCCAAACAUAUGAUCGACGAGGAAAUUAAUGCCAUUACAUGUGUAGGCACGUGGAUUGCGUCCCUAAUAUUAUAGGAUAUUUCUCUAUAAAUUCUUGAAGGAUUUUCUGUAUAAGUUUUUUUAUUUAUUUGUUCUUACUCUUAGCAAAAGAAUAUAACAAUUAGCGAAGUAAUUACCUAGCUAAAUGUAUAGUUGUACACUAAACUGCUUAAACUAAAGUUAAAAUAGCUGAUGGGUGUA